AAAUAAAAUUUAGAAGUCUCCAUUUCUUAUGUGCUAAGAAUUUUAAUUUUACAUCUUCAAAGAGAUAUUUGUACAUUUUCUUAGUUUUGGUUAGAGAACGGAUAAAGCUGCAGGAUUAUAGUAAUCCAAAAGACAGCGAGACAACAGCAAGUGCCGCCAUUAUUGGGUGCCAGUGGAGCACAUCCUCCGUCUUGUCGUCGGUCCUUCCCCCCCAACCACCACCGCCGCCGUCACGCUCUGUCACCGUUCCUUUGCCUCCUUUCGUCUUAAUUUUUCAGAUCUCAAAAUUUGUUGCCAGGUCUUACCUAAUCAAUUUUAUUAAAUUCAAUUCAUUUCCCUAACCUAAACUCUUUCCUUUUUCUUUUCUCUCAGUUACUAAAUCAAACCUGUUUCCUUUGCUUUAAGUUUUGUUAAAAUGGAGUUAGGGUUUCUAAUUUUGUCUCUUUGACUAUACACCUCUUAUUCUAUCGCCUCCUCCAAUUCGAAAACGAGGAGGCCAAGGCCAAUCUUCAAAAAAGCUUUGAUUUUUGGAAUAGAGUUUUCUUGUUGUUGCAAUGGCAGAAGUGGUUCCAUUAUACUACAGCAUAAUUGCAUUUAUUUGCACAUUUGGAGCAAUAGCUUUGGCUGUUUUUCACAUCUACAGGCACUUGUUGAAUUACACUGAACCUACUUACCAGAGAUAUAUCGUUCGCAUCAUCUUUAUGGUUCCGGUUUAUGCAUCAAUGUCUUUUUUGUCUCUUGUUUUGCCUGCAAGUGCAAUCUAUUUCAAUUCCAUACGAGAAGUUUAUGAAGCCUGGGUCAUUUAUAAUUUCUUGUCUUUAUGCCUUGCUUGGGUUGGUGGCCCCGGAGCUGUUGUGCUAAGUUUAAGUGGUCGGAUACUGAAGCCAUCAUGCUGUCUAAUGACAUGUUGCCUACCCCCAAUACCACUAGAUGGGCGAUUUAUAAGGAGGUGUAAGCAGGGAUGUUUACAGUUUGUGAUUUUAAAGCCUAUCUUGGUUGCCGUUACCCUCGUACUUUAUGCAAAAGGGAAAUAUAAAGAUGGAAAUUUCAGUCCAAAUCAAGCGUACCUGUAUCUUACCAUCAUCUAUACAAUCUCAUACACAAUGGCUUUGUAUGCUUUGGCUUUGUUUUAUGUGGCAUGCAGAGAUCUUCUUCAGCCCUUUAAUCCAGUCCCCAAGUUUGUUAUCAUUAAGUCCGUUGUUUUCUUAACAUAUUGGCAGGGAGUUCUGGUUUUUCUUGCUGCCAAAUCUGGAUUCAUAAAGGAUGCAGAGGAAGCUGCUCAAUUUCAAAAUUUUAUCAUUUGUGUUGAGAUGCUUAUAGCUGCUGUGGGCCAUCUUUUUGCAUUUCCAUACAAAGAGUAUGCUGGUGCAAACAUUGGUGGAUCUUAUGGUUUAACAGGAAGCCUUGCACACGCCUUGAAGUUAAAUGACUUUUAUCAUGACACUGUUCACCAGUUUGCACCGACAUACCAUGAUUAUGUGCUCUACAACCAUAGUGAAGGUGACGAGGGAACAAGAAAGUAUCGCUCACGCACCUUUGUACCAACUGGCCAGGAAAUGGAUGCUAUUAGGAGAAACAAACACAUGUUUGGAAAUAAGCUGGACGAGAUUCAACUCUCUAGUCAUUCAUCUUCUGGCACAAGCACUCCCAAAAAUAUCGUUUCAGCACCAGAUUCUGUACAACGUGAUACCAUGAAAUCUUCAUUACUUGUGGAUGCAUCAAAUUCUUUUACACCAUAUGACAUGUCUCUUAUUGACAUGGACUUGUCCAGUUACCCUGCACAAGUUCCUGCUGCAAAUGAAACUGGGAUUAGGUGAAAAUAAUGGAGAAAUUGCAGUAAAUAGGUAAGAAGGAUGUCCUUGGAGAAGAGAAAAUUAAAGAGGAAUAUGAGGUGGUAUUUGUACUUUGGGGAAGCAUCUUAUGCUUAGUUGUGUGCUGAAACUGUUGAUAAUUGUCUGCAGAGUUAAAUCCUUUAUGCUCUCUUUCGAUUGGUUCAUGCGUUGUACGUCUGAUGCUAGGCUUCCCCCUGAUUAUCAUUAGUGGCCUGCUAUCCUGGGUUAUUCAGCUCGAUUGCCAUCUGGUUUGUAGAUAUGGAACUUUUUAGUUCACCGUACUUGCAACAUUAGAAUUCCAAAAUGAAAAUGGGUUAUUGAAUUGUUGAUUUCACUGUUGUGCAUUUUGGGGUUGUCCGCCCUGUUGCCAACUGAUCUGUAGAUACUGAACUUAUCAAUAGUCAAAUUUGCUACUUCACAGUUUCGACUUUCAA